AAGUUGUGUGAAUUAAACUAAAAAUUGAUUUUCUGGUUUUCUGCUUUAGUUGGUUUGUUGUGUAAGAUAAUUUUCAGUUUUUGUGUAAUGCCACGAGCAAGUCUAGUUUAAUAAUAUACAUCUAAACUUAAGUUAUUUACUAUGAAAUGUCACCAGUGGAGACUUAAUUUCCAUUAUAUGACCUUAAUCAGCUGUUAUGCCUGCAUUCUAAUACAGUUAUGAAAAUAACAAUAAUAUAUUGAGGCUUUGAUCUUUCUUUAUUGUUCUGUAAAAAGGCUGGAAUUGAUUUGGAACGUUUGACUUUGUGAUGAAAUUGUAGAUUUUUUAUUGUACGAGAAAUUUCUUUGCAAGUGUUAGGUGAUUCAUGCAACUUGCCAUAUAAGUAUAUCUUAAUUACAAUUUCACAUGUGUUUUGUGUUAUAGCCAGGUAUAGCAUUAACAGCAGUUGUUGGAUACUCUAUGCCAGGUAUAGCAUUAACAGCAGUUGUUGGAUACUCUAUGCCAGGUAGAACAUUAACAGCAGUUGUUGGAUACUCUAUGCCAGGUAUAGCAUUAACAGCAGUUGUUGGAUACUCUAUGCCAGGUAUAGCAUUAACAGCAGUUGUUGGAUGCUCUAUUCCAAGUAUAGCAUUAACAGCAGUUGUUGGAUACUCUAUGCCAGGUAGAACAUUAACAGCAGUUGUUGGAUGCUCUAUGCCAGGUAUAGCAUUAACAGCAGUUGUUGGAUACUCUAUGCCAGGUAUAGCAUUAACGGCAGUUGUUGGAUACUCUAUGCCAGGUAGAACAUUAACAGCAGUUGUUGGAUACUCUAUGCCAGGUAGAACAUUAACAGCAGUUGUUGGAUACUCUAUGCCAGGUAUAGCAUUAACGGCAGUUGUUGGAUACUCUAUGCCAGGUUUAGCAUUAACGGCAGUUGUUGGAUACUCUAUGCCAGGUAUAGCAUUAACGGCAGUUGUUGGAUACUCUAUGCCAGGUUUAGCAUUAACGGCAGUUGUUGGAUACUCUAUGCCAGGUAUAGCAUUAACGGCAGUUGUUGGAUACUCUGUCAGGUGUAGCAUUAACAGCAGUUGUUGGAUACUCUAUGCCAGGUAUAGCAUCAACAGCAGUUGUCGGAUACUUUAAAAUAUGCUAGAUUCUGCUACAGUAUUGAAACAAAGCUUGGAACAGCAAACUUUUACUCAAUCUACUGGAUAUUAACUUGAUUUGCUGAUAAAUAUGACAGAUUUUUUUUUAUUCUGUUUUCAUAUCAUUGCAAAAUACCUUAUUCAAAUUCUAUAAAAUCUGCCUGGAUCUGUUAUUGCAUGUAUUGAUGUCCGGUUUCUUUGGUCAUAACCUGUUAAAAUCAUCACAUAUCUUAUUUACUGAUUAUAAUAUACGGUAUAAAUACAGAAUUGUGAUUUAAUUGUAAUCCUGAAAGUAUGGUGUAUCACAGUACCAUAUAUUAUUUUCCUUUGAUAGCUGAUAAGGGGAGAUAACUCAACAAACUUCUAAUUUCGUGAUUGAAAUUUAUUUAAAAUAAAACUUGUUUAUAAUUUUUAAAUUUUGAGAUUGAUUAAGGACUGGUAAACUAAGUAAUACAUGUAGAUGCUUUGGUUUUGUUUAUUUCAAAUUUUUGUUUGUUUGAUUUUUUUAGUAGUUUUUUUUUUUUGUAGUUAGCAGAA